AUGGCGGUCGCAUUCCGGGUGGUCACCUACAACGUCCUGUCCCCUCCGCUGGCGACCGCAGACUACUUCGUCUUCUGUGACCCGAGCGACCUCGAGGGCCAUGCGCGGCUUGAGCGCGUGCUGGCCAAGCUGGAGGCUCACACCUCGGCCUCGGCAGUCGUCUGCCUGCAGGAGGUUUGCAGGGAAUGGUGUGGGAGGCUCCACGCGUUUUUCCAGCAGCGCGGCUACUCCUUCGUAACCAGCCUGUAUGCCAAGCAGUGCUCGGACUACAUGGGGGUGGGGAUUGCCUUCCCGAACCCCCAGUGGCGGCUGCUGGAUGCCGACAUCCGGCGCGUGUCGGAGACGAAGAGUUGGCCCAGCCAGGCAAAGAAGCCCCAGGAGCGCAGGCCCGGGGACUGGGCGUGCCCGGCGUGCGGCGCCAAUGUCUUCGCGUCCAAGACCGCCUGCUACAAGUGCGGGGCCCCGAAGCCCUGGCCUGGGCUGCGGGAGGCGCUGCCGGGGUGCCUUCGGCCGUGCCUCGGCCUGGUGCGAAGGCCGCGGGGGGACCAGCUGCACAGGCAGUUUCAGGAGAUGCUCGCGCUCCCCUCCGCGCGGGCGCAGGGUCGGGAGAACGUCCUCAUCGCCGUGCACCUGGAGAGCCGCGAGCAGGCGGGCCAGCGCGUCUGGGUCGGCUGCUACCACAUGCCCUGCGCGUUCCGGGAACCACAGGUCAUGACCCUGCACGCCGCGCUGGCGGUUCAGCAGGUUCAGAGGCUGGCGAUCGAGAGCGGGAGCCCCUGCGUGGUGGCCGGCGACUGGAACUUCAAGCCGGGCGACCACCAGUACAAAAUGGUGACGACGGGCGCGAUCGGCCGGGGUUGCCCCGCGUACCCGGUGCUGGCGGAUGGCGACCGCUGGCAGCCCCGCCUGCGGCUCCCCAUGCGCAGCGCGUACUGCGCCGCGCACGGCGCCGAGCCGGACUUCACCAACUUCGCGCAGACCGCGGGGGAGGAGGAGCCUUUCAUCUCGGGGCGGACAUCUUCUGCUCCCCGCACGUGGAGGUCGCCGGUGCCCCGCGGCUGCCCCCGCGCGGCGACGUGGCCGGGCCCCUGCCCAACGCCUCGGAGCCCAGCGACCACAUCGCCGUCGCCGCGCUGCUGGAGCUGCCGGCGGGCGCCACCGCGGCGGCGGCGGCCGCGUACAGCCGGCAGCAGCAGGGCAGGGAGGCGGAGGACGAGGGCAUGCGCCAGGAGCUCCGGGCCCAGCUCGCGGGCGUGUCCGACGGGCCCAGCGCAGGGUCGCUGGACUUCUCGGAGGAGGCUCGUGCACGAGCUGUCGGACGAGCUCGGGCUGAGGCACCACAGCUGCGGGGAGGGGGGUGCGCGCUACAUUCGGGUGGAGAAGCCCUGA